AUGGAAGAGAGUGAAUUAAGAAAGUUGUUGCAAACUAAAAAUGGAUGUCGAGUACCAACUAUGCUCCCCAUACCUGAUGUUAAUAAAAUAGCAAAAUUACCAUUUACUCCAAUGCCUCCAUAUAAUCGGAUUAAGGAUAAAAAAGAAAAAUUUCGACAUAUUUUAGAGGAAAAAGCUGCACAUAGAAAAGUUAAAAUAUCCAAGGCACCAGUGGUACGACGCGAGUGUGAUAAUUUAGAGAUAACACAAGAUAGACAUAUUAAUGUUCUACGUGAAUGUGCACAUAAAAUUCAACCACCACCAAUGCUUAAAUCAUGGGAAAGAAAAAUUCUCAGUUUAAUUCCUCCCAAAUUGAAAAAUGCAUAUCCUGCUAUAACUGAAGAAUUAUUAAAAGAAAGUAAAAAUGAAUGGAAUCGAAAUUUACAUGACCUAGCGGUAAAAACUAUUAUUCGUGACACUCCUGGAGUGCCGAGAAAGAGAUAUGAGGAGCCACAUUUUAAAUUUAAUGGUAUUACUCCGAAUUACAGUAAAAUGAUUAAAUAUCGUAAGAAACUGAAAACUGGAUCUCUUUUGUUACAUCCAUUUAUAAGAUUAAUACUUGAAUCUUCAGAAAAGACGUUCCCUGAGUUUAUAAUUGAUUUAUCAAAAUAUAGAAGACGAGGACCCUUCGAUUUGGAAGAUUUUCAUACCAAAGUCAUUGAAGAAAUUAAAAGGGCUGACUAUUUAGUAUCCAGUACUUGGUAUUCUAUUUUAGUUAAUUGGCUAAAAAAUCCUCGAUGCCUACGGGGAUUACCAUCUAAAAAAGUACCUGACUUUGUUAAAUGUGCUACAAAAAUGAUAUCAAUGCAAAUACAGGAACUGAUGCGUAGGUCUAUUGAUGCUAUAAUUAAAGCUCUUAAAGAUCCUGACUCCGUUCCAUUACUAAACUUGACGCUAGAUUUUAACGGAGAAUUUAUAUAUGAUCCGUCUUUAGAAGAAGUAUAUAAUAUAUAUCACGCAAUAAUCAAUGCCCUUUCGCAUAUUGCUCAAAGACUUAUGCCGAUCGAACAGUAUCUUAAAAUACCAUAUAAUUAUGAUGCUCUACCGGUACAAUAUAAUGAGUGGCUACAUAGGGACGGUCAUGAAAGGCUGCAAGCACAACUUUAUAUUGUGUUUCAUCCACUUGUAGAAUAUCAAAAAAAACUUAGAAUUGACUACAAUAUGUUAUAUGGAAUUGAAGCUAAAUUGCAAUUAUUAAAAUUCAUUGAAGAGGCUACAGAUUUUGAAGAAUCACGGGAAAAAAUAAUUUAUUUCCAAGAAAUAGAUUCUGAGAUUACUUCUAUAAUAGAAAAUGAAUAUUUUAACUGCGCAGUAGUAUGUCAACUCAGAAUGAUAGAUGGGUUAAAAGAAAAAGCUUUGGAAUUCAUCAAUGAUAUCAUAGACGGAAUAGUAAAAUCUCAUAUGGAUGAAAAUAGAAGCAUAUGUAAUGAAUUUGAAAUUAUUGCUGCUAAGGCACUGAAAGAACCCGAAAAUGCUGCAGAUUUGGUAGAACAAGGUAUUUAUAUCUUACAUGCCAAAACUGUAUUGGUUGAAGCUCUAAAAGAAAGAAUUUUAAGACAAAUUAAUAUUAUUUCAAAUUUAUUAGAGAUGACGUCUUUGACAACCGAACAUGUAGCUUCUAAUACAAAAACCGUAAAUUGGAUAACAGAUAUCAAACCUAUAUUUGAAAAAAAUGCAGCUGCAUAUGAAACUUUUAAAGCAGAAAUGGAAGAUAAUUUAUUAUCAAAGAUUGCAUACCUAAAUAAAGAAGUCUUGGAAAUGACUCCAUAUUUGGAAUUACUAGAUAACAUGGAUGAUAUAAAUCAUACGCUACAAUAUUUGGAAUAUUUAAGAAAACUAGUACACCGACUGGAUUAUUGCGAUAAAUUAGUUGAGUGGAUAAAUAACGAAGAAACUACUUUUAAGUUUCCUCUAUCUAGCUAUGCAGACCUUGAGGAAUUGAAAGAUUUUAUAAAACCAUUUCAUUGUUUAGUUUAUUUAGUUCACAAAUGGAAGCGUAGCUACUAUACAUGGAUGGAUGGCCCAUUUGAAUAUUUAGAUCAUGAUAAAAUAGAGCAAGAUCAUGAUUUUUAUUAUAAAGAAUUUUUAAAGUUAUCUAAAGCAUAUAGAACCAAAAUAAAGCAACAAAUAUCCGAAGGUGUUGAAAAGCGUUUUCAAGGUUUAGUAGAUGACCCUGACAUAAAUAAUUUGCCUGCUCCAAUGAAGCUGUGUGCUCAAGCAAUAGCUGAAAUUAAAGAAUGGAGACCUAAUGUUCAAAUGGCCCACAUAAUGUGCAAUCCGGCACUAGUGCAGAGACAUUGGGACGAGAUGUCUAAUAUUGCUGGAUUUGAUUUAACACCUAAUGCUGGGACUACUUUAAGGAAAAUUAUAAAUUUUAAUCUUUGGGAUGAUAUCGACCAAUAUGAAAUUGUUAGUGUUGCUGCAACAAAAGAGUUAGCGCUAAUAACAAAUUUAAAUAAAAUGAUGUCAGAAUGGGGUGACAUUUGCUUCAAGACUAGUCCGUACAAAGAUACUGGGAUUUAUAUACUUUCAGGCUUAGAUGACAUUCAAAGUGUACUAGAUGAUCAUAUUGUGAAAACGAUUGGGAUGCGAGGAUCGGCAUUCGUUAAACCAUUUGAAGCACAAGUCAAAGCAUGGUAUGAAAAGAUUACACGUGUGAAUUCUACUAUUGAUGAAUGGGGAAAAGUUCAAAGUCAGUGGCUAUAUUUAUUGCCUAUAUUUUCAUCUAAAGAUAUAGUUGCCCAAAUGCAAGAAGAAGGUGUUAUGUUUGUAGAAGUCAAUAAUAUUUACCGACGUUAUAUGGGAUCUGUUGAUAAAGAUCCUCAUGUUUUAGAAAUAGCUGGAGGUGCAGGCGUUUUAGAGUCAUUUAAAAUAGCUUCUAAUUUGUUGGAAAAAAUUAAUGAUGGGAUAAAUAAUUAUCUAGAAAAGAAACGCUUAUACUUUCCUAGAUUUUUCUUUUUAUCAAACGAUGAAAUGUUGGAAAUUUUGUCAGAAACUAAAAAUCCACUAAAGGUACAGCCACAUCUUAAAAAAUGCUUUGAAGGUAUUAAUAGAUUAGUUUUUGAUCCAGAAUAUAAUAUAUCUGCAAUGAUCUCAAUGGAAGGCGAGCAAGUAGAAUUUUUAGAUACGAUAAGUGUAGCAGCAGCGAGAGGUUCAGUAGAAAAAUGGCUAGUGCAAGUUGAAGACCAGAUGUUGAAAGCGGUUAAAUCAGAGACUGAACUAUCUUACUAUGACUAUCCAAAUUUAAGUCGUGUAGACUGGAUAUUAUCUUGGGAGGGUAUGGUUGUGUUAGCAAUCUCUCAAAUUUAUUGGGCUGUAGAUGUUCAUGAAUGUUUACAUACUCAUAAGCUUAGUGAAUUGCAGGCUUUCCACUUAAGCUUGACUAAACAAUUAAAUGAAACUGUUGCUAUAAUACGUAGAACUGAUUUAACUAAACUACAGUCUAUUACAGUCAAGGCUCUUAUUGUGAUAGAUGUUCAUGCUAAAGAUUGUAUUCAAGAUCUCAUUGGAAAGAAUGUUACAGAAGUUACCGAUUUUCAAUGGUUAGCACAAUUAAGAUAUUAUUGGGAAGAAGAGAGAGUUUUUGUUAAAAUUAUAAAUGCAGUAGUAAAUUAUGCUUAUGAAUAUUUAGGUAAUUCAGAUCGCUUAGUCAUAACACCAUUAACUGAUCGUUGUUAUCGUACAUUAAUAGGAGCAUAUUAUCUUCACUUAAACGGUGCACCCGAGGGACCUGCUGGAACUGGAAAAACGGAAACUACUAAAGAUUUAGCUAAGGCUUUAGCAGUACAGUGCGUCGUUUUUAAUUGUUCUGACGGCUUAGAUUAUAAAGCUAUGGGAAAAUUUUUCAAGGGACUAGCAUCUUGUGGAGCUUGGGUUUGCUUUGACGAGUUCAAUCGUAUUGAAGUAGAGGUUUUAUCAGUGAUUGCACAACAGAUAUUAUGUAUAGUACAAGCAGUAAGACAACAUUUAGAAACAUUUGACUUUGAAGGAACCACAAUAAACUUAAACCCAGCCUGCUAUGUUUGUAUUACAAUGAAUCCCGGAUACGCUGGGCGUUCAGAGCUUCCAGAUAAUCUUAAGGUACUCUUCAGAACCGUCGCAAUGAUGGUUCCGGACUAUGCUAUGAUCGGUGAAAUAUCACUAUACUCAUUUGGCUUUAUAGAUGCUCGUAGUUUGUCUAUAAAAAUCGUAACUACAUAUCGCCUCUGUUCAGAGCAGUUAUCAUCUCAAAACCAUUACGAUUAUGGUAUGCGUGCAGUAAAAACUGUUUUAUCAGCAGCAGGAAAUCUAAAAAGAAGUUAUCCAAAUGAAAGUGAAAACAUUUUACUACUUCGAUCUAUAACUGAUGUUAAUUUACCAAAAUUUUUGUCAUUCGAUGUACCUUUGUUUGAGGGAAUUAUAUCUGAUUUAUUUCCAGGAAUAAUUCUACCAAAACCUAAUUAUGAUAAUUUUCUACGAGCUUGUAAUACGAUUUGUGAACUAAAUAAUCUACAACCAGUAGAAUGUUUCUUAUUAAAAGUAAUUCAAACUUACGAAAUGAUGAUUGUUAGACAUGGCUUUAUGUUAGUGGGUGAUCCAUUUUCUGCUAAGUCAAUGACACUAAAAGUAUUAUCGGAAGCUUUAACUUUAAUGGCGCAUCAAAAUCUUCCUGACGGUUGUGAAUGUACAUAUAAAGUUCUUAAUCCAAAAGCAGUUACAAUGGGCCAGUUAUACGGCGCCUUUGAUCCAAUAUCGUAUGAGUGGACAGACGGUAUAGUCGCGACUCUGUUUCGGGAUUUUGCUUCUGAAGAUACACCUGUAAGAAAAUGGAUAGUUUUUGAUGGGCCAGUAGAUGCAGUAUGGAUUGAAAAUAUGAACACUGUUUUAGAUGACAAUAAAAAGCUUUGCCUUACAUCAGGUGAAGUUAUGGCAAUGACUAAUGUAAUGUCAAUGAUUUUCGAAGUUAUGGAUCUAGCACAGGCUUCGCCGGCUACAGUAUCAAGAUGUGGCAUGAUAUACAUGGAGUCUGCAUCAUUUGGAUUCAUGCCUUUUUACAAGUCGUGGUUGAAAACGCUUAAUCCCAUUUGGUUAGAAGAGAACGAGGACUAUAUUUUCAAUAUGUGUGCUUGGCUGUUUGACCCUUUAGUAUAUUUUGUGAGAAAGCACUGUUCGCAGCUUGUUACUGGUGGUGAAGUUAAUUUAGUGAUAAGUACGUUGCGACUAAUUGAAAUGCUUAUGGAUAAUGCUCUUGAGGGCGAAGAGGAUACUAAAUACACUAGAACGUGGUUUAUCGCUUCGUUUAUGAGUGCGUUAGCUUGGGGUAUAGGUGGGAUACUGAAUACGGAUUCUCGUGAGAGAUUUGAUGAUUUAUUAAAGGAAUAUUUUAGGGGUGAAAAUGGUAUUCCAACUGAAAUAGAAAGAAUUGACGUAUCUAUUCCAACUGAAGGAAUGAUAAUAGAUCAUUAUUAUAUGUACAAAGCAAAAGGUUGCUGGAAACCCUGGCUUGACGCUGUAAAAACAGUUCAAGUGAAAGAACAAAUUAAUCUAUUGCAGACUGUUAUACCUACAUUAGAGACCGAAAAGUAUAUAUUUCUUUUAAAAUUACAUACAAAAUUUUCAAAGCCAUUAUUAUUGAUCGGGCCAACAGGAACUGGUAAAAGCUUUUAUAUUCAAAAUUUUUUAAUGAGCAUCGAUUUAGAAAAAUACACUCCAGGUUUUAUAACUUUUACUACAACUACAUCUGCAAAUCAAACCCAAGAUCUAGUUCUCUCUAAAUUGGUUAAGAGACGGAAAAAUAAUUACGGUCCUACAAAAGGUAAACAAGCUAUUAUUUUCAUUGAUGAUAUGAAUAUGCCUGCCAAGGAAACAUAUGGUGCUCAGCCUGCUAUAGAAUUAUUAAGAUUAUAUUUUGAUCAAAAACAUUGGUAUGAUUUAAAAACUACGGAAAAACUGUUUAUAUAUGAUACAUUUUUUUACGGAGCAAUCGGACCAGUUGGUGGAAGCAGACAGUUAAUAUACCCACGAAUGUUGAGGCAUUAUAAUAUAUAUUCUAUAAACGAAUUUUCAAAAGAGAGUAUGACUAAGAUAUUUACAUCAUUGUUGCAGUUAGGUUGGAGACGAAAUGGAUUUGGACAAGAUACUCAACCAUUUAUAGUAAAUAUAGUAGCUGCCACUAUGAACAUUUAUGAACAAUCUACAGAAGGAUUGAGACCGACUCCCGCUAAAUCACAUUACAUUUUUAAUUUACGAGACUUUUCUAGGGUUAUUCAAGGCUGUGCUUUAUUAAGAAAAGAAUCAGCUGAUAAUAAAAAAACGUUCACAAGAGUAUGGGUACACGAAAUUAUGCGCGUAUUUUAUGAUAGACUUGUAGAUGAAUCUGACCGAACAUGGUUUUUUAAUCUUUUGAGAAACUCUACACAAGAUUUCAUGAAAGACACAUUUGAUUCUGCUUUAGAUACUUAUCAAAAUGAUAAGGGGGAGGUAACGCAAGAUAAUAUUAAAAAAUUGAUGUUUGGCUGUUAUCUUGAUACAGAUAGUGUAGAAGGAGAAAGGAGAUAUGAAGAGAUACCUUCAAAAGAAGUAUUUUUAAAUGUGGCUAUAUCAAUGUUAGCGGAAUAUAAUACUAUGCAUAAAGCAAAGAUGACAAUUGUUUUGUUUGAUUACGCAUUGGAACAUCUUUCUAAAAUAUGUAGAUUACUUUCUAUGCCAUCAGGGAAUGCUUUGUUAGUAGGAGUCGGGGGAUCUGGCAGACAAUCGCUCACUAGAUUAGCUAGUACAAUUUUAGGCCAACAAGUUUAUCAGCCAGAAAUUACUAAAUCUUAUAGUGUAAAAGACUGGCAUGAUGAUAUAAAAUUGGUUCUUCGAGAAUCAGGUGGCUUAAAUAAAGAUACUACAUUUUUAUUCACUGAAAACCAAAUUAAGGAAGAAAUAUUUAUACAAAAUCUAGACAGCUUAUUGAAUUCAGGCGAAGUUCCUAAUUUAUAUGGACUAGAUGAAAUUCAAGAAAUUCUUGAAUUAGUUCGAUUAGCGGCUCAGGGUGGCAACAGAAAUCUAGAUAUAAGCCCUUUACAAAUACUAUCUUUUUUCAUAGGUCGCUGCAAAGCUAAACUACAUAUUGCUUUAUGUUUUAGCCCCAUUGGAAGUUCAUUUAGAACAAGAUUACGACUAUACCCUUCUUUAGUGAAUUGUUGUACUAUUGAUUGGUACGACAGUUGGCCAGAAGAUGCAUUGGAAAUGGUUGCGCAUUAUUAUAUGGUCAAAGUAAAUGUACCGGACAAAGUGAAAGCAGCAGCAGUGGUCGCAUGUAAACAAUUUCAUGUUGAUGCUCGAACUGUAGCAACUGAUUUUUUUAACCAGUUUGGAAGAAAAACUUAUGUAACAUCUGCCUCUUAUUUGAAUUUAAUAAAAUCAUUUACAAUUUUAACAAAUAAAAAGCAAAGAGAAUUACGAGCAGCUAAAUUAAGAUAUACAAAUGGCUUAGAUAAAUUGAGUCAGGCAGCAGAUGCAGUUGCCAUCAUGCAGCGAGACUUGAAUGCUCUAAAACCACAAUUAAUAGUUAUGGCAGCAAAAUCUACUAAGAUGAUGGAGGAAAUUGCAGUAGAAACAGCUUCUGCUGAUACAGCAGCAGCUCAAGUUAGGGAAGAUCAAAAAGUAGCUAAUGUUCAAGCAGCAGCUGCCCAGGAACUUAAGAAAGAUUGUGAGGCAGAUUUAGCAUUGGCUCUGCCAAUUUUAGAAGAUGCUAUUGCAGCCUUAAAUACUCUUAAGCCAGCUGAUAUAACUAUUGUUAAGUCUAUGAAAAACCCGCCAGCAACCGUAAAAUUGGUUAUGGCUGCUGUAUGUGUUAUGAAAGGAAUUCCUCCAGAUAAAAUACCUGACCCUGAUAAUCCUGGUAAAAAAAUUCUAGAUUACUGGGGUCCUAGUAAAAGAAUUUUAGGUGAUAUGAGUUUCUUAGAUUCAUUGAGGAAUUUCGAUAAAGAUAAUAUACCAGUAGCUACUAUGCAAAAAAUUAGAAAAGAAUAUCUCUCUCAUAAAGAUUUUAAACCUCAUAUAAUAGCUAAAGCUUCUACAGCAGCCGAGGGGUUAUGUAAAUGGAUAAUUGCUAUGGACAUGUAUGAUGCUGUAGCUAAAGUAGUUGCUCCUAAAAAAGCUAAACUAGAAGCUGCAGAAAAGGAAUUUUCUGAAACAAUGGCAAUUUUGGAGGAGAAAAAAGCUACAGUUGCCAGAUUAGAAGCAAGGCUAGCAGAGUUAAAUGAAGCAUUAGAAGAAGCUAAUAUUAAAAAGAAAGCAUUAGAAGAUGAAGUUCAACUUUGUAUUGAUAAGUUAUAUCGCGCUGAAAAACUAAUAGGUGGUCUUGGAGGUGAAAAAGUACGAUGGACCCAAGCUGCUGAGAAUUUACAACGCUUAUAUGAUAAUUUAGCGGGUGAUAUUCUUGUAUCUUGCGGUAUUAUUGCAUAUUUAGCUCCCUACACACUGCCAAUUAGAGUCACAAUUAUUUCACAGUGGCGAGAUUUAAUUAUUAAAUUAGAAAUGCCACAUUCUGAACAAUUUAUAUUUAAAGAUAUCUUAGGGACGGAUAUUAAGAUACAGAAUUGGUGUAUCGCUGGAUUACCUUGGGACUCAUUUUCCAUAGAUAACGCAGUUAUACAAGAUAACUCUUUACGAUGGUCAUUAGUUGUUGAUCCACAAGGUCAAGCUAAUAAAUGGAUAAAAACAAUGGAAAAAUCUAAUGAUUUGCAAGUUAUGAAGUUCACCGAUGGCAAUUAUAUGAAAGUAAUAGAAACAUGUUUGGAGUAUGGUAAACCUGCAUUGAUUGACUGUAUAUUAGAAGACAUUGAACCACCAUUAGAUCCGGUUCUACUAAAACAUACUUAUACACAGGGCGGAAAGGAAUUUAUUGCUUUGGGUGAGAAUGUAAUAGAAUAUCAUCCAAACUUCCGAUUAUAUAUGACAACAAAAUUAAGAAAUCCUCAUUAUUUACCUGAAGUAUUUAAUAAAGUUACUUUAAUUAAUUUUGCGCUUACAAAAGAUGGAUUGGAGGAUCAGUUACUUGGUAUAGUGGUUGCUAAGGAGAGGCCAGAUUUACAGGAAAAGCGAGAAAAAUUAAUUGUACAGGGAGCUGCUAAUCGAGCAGCGCUUAAACAAGUUGAAGAUGACAUUUUACGAACGUUACAAGAGUCUAAAGGAGAUAUACUAGAAGAUGAAACAGCCAUAGAAGUAUUAGAUUCUUCUAAGCUAUUGGCCAUUGACAUAAUGAAGAAACAAGAAGCUUCUGUUGAAACUGAAGUAAUUAUCGAAAAAUUUAGGCUUGGAUAUAGGCCCAUAGCUUCUCAUUCGGCUGUCUUAUAUUACUGUGUUACCGAGUUGCCUAAUGUUGAUCCAAUGUACCAAUACUCCUUAACUUGGUUUAUAAAUUUAUACAUAAUUUCUAUUGAAAAUGCGAACAAAUCUAAGGAUUUAGAAAAACGAUUAAGAUUUUUAAAAGAUACUUUCACGUACAAUUUGUACAGUAAUGUUUGUAGGUCUCUAUUUGAUAAAGAUAAACUAAUGUUCUCGUUUAUUAUGUGUUCUAAGAUGAUGCUGUCUACUGGUGAAAUGGAUCAUGAUGAAUACAGUUUUCUUAUAACUGGUGGAAUAGCUGUAGAAAAUCUUUUUAAGAAACCUGUUGAAUGGGUACCAGAUAAAGGUUGGGAUGAAAUAUGUAGAUUAAAUGAAUUGCCAGCAUUUAAAAGUUUUAAAAAUAGCUUUGUAAAUUUCAUAAAAAAAUGGAAGGACGUUUAUGACGAUUUAGAACCUCAUCAUAAAACCUUACCUGGUGAAUGGGACGAAAAAUUAAAGCCAUUUCAGAAAUUACUGAUUGUGAGAGUUUUGCGGCCUGAUAAAUUAACAUUUGCAAUAUCCGAUGUUGUAGAAAAACAAAUGGGUCAAAAAUAUAUAACACCUCCACCAUUCGAUAUUGGAAAAUCUUUUGGAGAUUCUAACUGUUUAGCACCAUUGAUUUUUAUUCUUUCUCCUGGUUCUGAUCCAAUGGGAGCUUUGAUAAAAUACUGCGGAAAAAUGGGAUAUGGGCAUAGAUUUAAUUCAAUAUCCUUAGGUCAGGGACAGGGUCCGAUAGCAAAGGCUAUGAUAGAACGGGCACAAUUGGAAGGCGGUUGGGUAUGUUUACAAAACUGUCACUUGGCAGUAUCUUGGUUACCUACUUUAGAGAAAAUUGUUGAAGGCUUCGAUUUGACUAAUACUGAUUUGAGUUUCAGAUUAUGGCUUACUAGCUAUCCUUCUGAUAAAUUCCCACAGUCUAUUUUACAAGUAGGUGUAAAAAUGACGAAUGAACCUCCCACAGGUCUUCAACAUAAUUUAAACAGAUCUUAUUUAUCAGAGCCAUUAAAGGAAUCUGAAUUUUACGAAGGCUGUCCAGGAAAAGAUAAAGCUUUUAGCAAGCUUUUAUAUGGUAUAAGUUUUUUUCAUGCAGUAGUGCAAGAAAGAAAAAAAUUUGGUCCUCUUGGUUGGAAUAUUCAAUAUGGUUUCAAUGAUUCUGAUUUUCAUAUUUCCGUCAUGCAGUUACAAAUGUUUUUAAAUCAAUACGACGAAAUACAGUAUGUGGCUAUAAAAUAUUUAACUGGAGAAUGUAAUUACGGUGGUAGAGUAACUGAUGAUUGGGAUAGAAGACUAAUUGUCACGAUUUUAGAUAAUUACGUAAACGCAGGUGUUGUUAAUGAACCAAAUUACUUAUUUUGUGAUUUAGGCAUACAUUAUGGACUUCCCCGUAGAUGUGAGUAUCAAGAUUAUUUAAAACAUAUUGAAUCAGUUCCAGUAAAUCCUCCUCCGGAAGUAUUUGGCUUACAUAUGAAUGCAGGAAUAACUCGUGAUUAUUCAAUUUCUAUGGCAUUAACAACCGCCUUAGUUUUAGUGGAAGGUACAAGCAGUGGAGGUGAAGGUGGAAAUACUGAAGAUAUACUAAUGCUAAUGGCAUCUGAAAUUUUAUCAAAAUUACCACCAGCAUAUGAUAUAGAAACAUCUCAACAAAAAUAUCCUGUUGACUAUAAUGAAUCUAUGAAUACAGUUUUGAUCCAAGAAAUGCAGCGAUUUAAUAAAUUAUUGUAUGAAAUUAAAAGUUCUUUAGUGGACCUCCAAAAAGCAGUAAAGGGUGUUAUUGUUAUGUCUCCCGCCUUAGAUUUACAAUCCAAUGCUAUGUUACUAGGAAAAAUACCUGAUAAUUGGACAAAGGUCUCUUAUCCCAGUCUAAAACCAUUACCAAGUUACGUUACAGAUUUUAUAGAAAGAUUAGCUAUGUUGGAAAAUUGGUAUCAAAAUGGUAAGCCUUCUACUUUUUGGCUAUCAGGUUUCUUUUUUACACAAGCUUUUCUUACUGGUUCCAUUCAAAACUAUGCUCGAGCGAAAAAAAUUCCUAUAGAUUUAUUAGUCUUUGACUUUGAAGUUCUUCGUGUCGAUUAUGCACAAAAUCCACCAGAAAGUGGCGUGUACGUUCAUGGGCUAUUCAUGGAUGGCUCACGAUGGGAUCGACAGCAAUAUUCAAUAGGAGAACAAUUUCCAAAAGUCUUAAAUGAUAAUAUGCCCGCUGUAUGGCUAUAUCCUAAAUUAAAAAAUGAUUUCGACGAAGGUACAAGAUAUAAAUGUCCAUUAUACAAAACCUUAGAAAGAAAGGGAGUCCUUGCGACAACUGGACAUUCGUCAAAUUUUGUAUUGGCUUUUUACUUACCUUCGGAUAAACCUUCAGCUCACUGGAUAAAACGCAGUGUUGCUCUUAUAUUACAAUUAGACCAU